AUGUUGGGUAACGAUGCUAUGUUAUUCUUGGAGGAGGGGGAGUACGGGACCUACCACCAUACAUACUUGAUGCCCCCAUUGACAGGUAUCCGUACUCCGACGAGGAGGGCUGCUGGUGCAUCACUGUCGAGUAGAGUCCGGGCUACAGAUAUGCCUUCGACUAGCAGGGCCGGUACAUCGAGGAGUGGGCCUCCCAUCGAGUAUUGUGACGGGUUUCUCGGAGUGGUGGCCUCACUCGAGAGCAUGGUCCUGCGUAGAGAGACGCAGCUGUUCAUCGCCGAUGUUUCGAUGCCACCACUACAGGCCGGGCCAUCUCGGCCUUCCCGAAGAGUCGGGAGAGGGGACUCGUGUCGUAGACGAGGCAGGCGCAGAGCACCCAUCGUAGAUGACGAGGAGUCUAGUAAGGAGGAGGAGACUGCCCAUCCUCAGUCAGAGACUUCUGCAGGCAGGGAGGAGGAUUCUGGUUCGGGUUUUGAGGGUGGAGAUGAUGCCGAGGAGGAUUCCGAGGGCGACAUCUCUGAUUCGGAUGGUGAUGCCGACGAUGGUGGCGCAGAGGCUGUUCAGCCGAAGAGGACGAAGUGGGUCUCUGAGUCUUGCGCUUGA